GUUACGCUAGGUUUAUGGCCAUGGUAGCUUGAAUCACUUGCAAACCAUCAAUGUAACGGUUUCCACCUAGCUUGGGUGCAUAUCAAGGUAGCUAUCGAUCUCCAGCGGUAUCGUCGUAAGUGUAGACAGCUGGCUAGUAACAGCGUAAUGCUAAUGCAUAAUCUUAUCCCACUCCAUGCAAGUUAACGUUAGCUUUUGAGUUAGCUGCUAACAGACGGUUACGUUGUGAUCAAUAUAACAAAUAGUUAAAAUGUAACUAUAAGCAGGUUGUCUGAAUUGAAUUAGCUUAUUAUUUGAUGUAACAUUAACGUUAGCUGGCUAUGUGUAUGCGUGGGUGUAUUAAGUCUUGACUGCCCGAGAAGGGGGACCCGGAAGGGAAGAGCAGCAGCCGCAUCUGCUGAUCUGUCUCUGUAGCACUAGCUCCUAUUGAAAUAUAACUGGACACUUGUUUUGGUGGAAAUACAGUGGCCGACACCCGGCAAAACCCAUCAAAGAAUUUGGAUAUCUAAAGAUUGCUCGCGAAAGGAUCCUGAAUGUGGAGACGCACUGAUGUAGCAGCAUCCCUUUGCUUCCUCUCUACCUCCAGGUCCUUUGCCCCCCCCUCACCUUCAAGGCAGACAGCAGGCCAGCCAGUCCAGACGGUUCGUCCUGACUGAGGGAAUUACUGCAUCGAUUAGCACUGACCUAACCUCUCACUCUGCUCUCUGGCCAAACUGCGUCGGAGCUGACACUGCAACUGAAGAGGACUUUUUUUUUCUGUUCUCUCUCUGUUCUUUUUUUUCUGGAGAGAGAACAGAACUCUGUGCCUAUGCUGAAAACAAUGAUAGAAAUAAGACUGGGGAAUUAAGUGCAGUCUGCUGUACACCUUCACUUUCUGUAUUCCUGUAGAAUUUCUAGUGGACACUUGAUAUCCUGCAGUUUUUCUUUUUUACCUACUGGAUCUGGAUCAACUGAGGCUGUGCUGGGGAUCACCAUAGAGUUGGAGUGUUUUCUUCCCCCCCCCCCCCCCCCCCCCAAACGUGAUUCCGAUUUCCCAAUUUUUUUUAAAUCUUUUUGUUUCCUGUUGGGCUUGGGGUCCGGUUAGGUCCGGCACACGCUAGACUCCUGAAGCUGGGGCGCGACUCAUGGGACGCGAGCAUGUCGGAUCUGGGAGAGCGCCGGCCGGUAAACACAGACUACGCUGUCUCCGUGCUGGAGCAGCUCAAGUUCUUCUACGAGCACAAGCUCCUCACUGACAUCACACUACUGGUGGAGGACAAUGAGUUCCCCUGCCACAAAAUGGUGCUGGCCACCUGUAGUUCCUACUUCAGAGCCAUGUUCAUGAGUGGCCUGAGUGAAAGCAAACAGACUCAUGUUCACCUGCGCAAUGUGGACCCUGGCACACUGCAGACGAUCAUCACCUACGCUUACACGGGCAACCUGGCCGUCAAUGACAGCACGGUGGAGCCGCUCUACGAGACGGCGUGCUUCCUCCAGGUGGAGGACGUUCUGCUGCAGUGUCGUGACUAUCUGGUCAAGAAGAUCAAUGCCGAUAACUGUGUGCGCAUGCUGAGCAUCGGCGACCUGUUCAGCUGCAGCGAGCUGAAGCAGAGCGCCAAGCGCAUGGUGGAGCACAAGUUCCCCGUGGUCUAUCGGCAGGAGGCCUUCCUGCAGCUGUCGCACGAGCUGCUGCUGGACGUGCUGAGCAGCGACAACCUCAACGUAGAGAAGGAGGAGACGGUGCGGGAGGCCGCCAUGCUGUGGCUGGAAUACAACAUGGAGACACGCUCGCAGCACCUGUCGUCCGUGCUCAGUCAGAUCCGCAUCGACGCGCUGUCCGAGGUGACGCAGCGCGCCUGGUUCCAGGGCCUGCCGCCCAACGACAAGUCGGUGGUGGUCCAGGGCCUCUACAAGUCCAUGCCCAAGUUUUUCAAGCCACGUCUGGGCAUGACCAAGGAGGAGAUGCUGAUCUUCAUGGAGGCUGAGCAUCCUAACAGCAGCGAAGUUAUGGUGGGCUCCCAGUAUGCCGUGGUGUGCUACAGCCCACAGGCCGAGAAGGUGUACAAGCUGCGCAGUCCGCCAGGCGACCUGCAGAAAGUGGGCACGCUGGUCACCACGGACAACGACGUCUACAUCGCCGGGGGUCAGGUGCCGCUGAAAAGCCCGCUGGCAGCGGCGGGGAGUGGCCACGGCAAGGCGGGCAAACUGCAGGCCGCCUACCGCGCCACCGACAGCUUCUUCUGGUUCGACGCUCAGCAGAACGCCUGGGUGGUCAAGACGCCCAUGCUGUGCGCGCGGACGCGGCCCGCCCUGGUCUACUGCGAGGGCCACAUCUACGCCAUCGGCGGCGACAGCGUGGGCGGCGAGCUGAACCGGCGCACGGUGGAGCGCUACGACCGCGAGCGCGACGAGUGGACCAUGGUGAGCCCGCUGCCGUGCGCCUGGAGCUGGAGUGCGGCAGUGGCGGCUCGCGAGCGCAUCUACGUCAUGAGCCACGACCUCACCUACUGCUACUUCCCACGCGCCGACGCGUGGGCCGAGAUGGCCUCGCGCCGCACCAGUCGCUGCUUCGCCUCGGCCGCCGCCCUGGGCGACCAGAUCUUCUACGUGGGCGGCCUGCAUGUGGUGAGCAACUCGGGCACGCGGCCGCAGGCUAGCACGCUAGAUGGCUCGGCCGUCACCGUGGAGGUGUACGACGUCGGCAAGAACGAGUGGCACGCGGCGGCUAGCAUCCCGGCGCGGCGCUACUCGGACCCGUGCGUGCGCGCCGUGGUGCUCUUCAACCAGCUGUGCAUCUUCAUGCGCGAGACGCACCUCAACGACCGCGCCAAGUACGCGCUCUACCAGUACGAUGGCGAGCGGGACUGCUGGUGCCUGCGGCAGCCGGUGUCGGAACGCGUGCUCUGGGACCUGGGCAAGGACUUCCGUUGCGCCGUGGGCAAGCUCUACCCGUCCUGCCUGGAGGAGUCGCCGUGGAAGCCUCCGACGUACCUGUUCUCGAAUGAUGGUGCGGAGGAGAUCGAGAUCGACGGGGAGAUCGUCUCGCUGCCGCACGUAUAGCUCCAUCUGACACCUCCCCUGAUCAAUGUGCUUCCCAACAGACACCAAACCCAAGUCUCUCCUCAACCGUGAUCGAUGCGUUGGACUGUGCCUCAGGUUGAGGAGUGAGUGGAUGGACAGAAAAACAGGCGAAUGCAUAAAUGGAUUUUGGGGAGGCGCUUGGAACAAAACAAGUGCGAAGGGGAGGCUCCGUUUCAUCCGAUAACCAGGGUGCAUUUUCCGUCUUUGCUGUGCUCUAUAAGGAAACUUCUUUGGUGACAUGCAUACCAAAAUGGGGUCUUGCCCCCUGAAUCAGCCCCAAGUAUGCAGCCCUCCCACCCCACACCCCUGGACCCACCAGCUCAACCCAGCCCAACUGAGCACCUCAAAGCUCUGGUAAACCUUCUCCAGUAUCACACCACUUAAACCCGUUUCAUCAUCCAAACUAUGCCUCGAGUCAACAAAGAGAAAAAUAAAACAACUUGUAAUCCCUUAAAGUACUAGUCGUCUCAAAGAUAGAAAAUGAAACAUUUUUUUUUUUUCUAUGUCAAUUGCUACUUCAAGUAUUAUUACAUGUCUGAUACUCUCUUUUCAUGAUGUGAUAAUCUAAAGACAAUGAUGACGAUUAUGAUAAUGACAAUGAUGCACUUAGUGGCAAACCUCCUUUGAAUGACCCUUAUGGCAACUGUACCAAAACCUCUCCUCCCUCUUCUCCCUCCUACUCCACUGAGCUGCAGAUGAUUUGCUCCUAUGCUAACCAUGUGCAAGAACAGGGUGCGUGUGUCUGUGUGUGUGCGUGCGUGUGUGCGUGGUGCAUGGUAAGGGGGAUGUAGUCUGCCUGGGGUGGGGUGUUGAAAGGUGGCUGCUGGUCCAGUCACCCUACUGUCUUUCCCACUCCCAGCCCACACUCUUCCCACCUUGCUGUCCGUAGUCUCUUCCCUUUGCUUUCUCGGUCUUCUCUCCCCCAAAAACGUAUUGCUGGAAUUCUAUGUAUUUUUUUUUUUUUUUUUUUUCACUUUUUUUCCUCUCUGGGGGAAAAAGUGCGGGUCUCUUCCACACAAACAUGCACCUCUCUGCUCUUCUCAGUUGAACAGCCAAAAAUACAUUUGGGCUCAUGCAUUUUUAUUUCCAAGCUGCUGAAAUAUAUAUAUAUAUAUAUAAAUAUUAAAAAUAUAUAUAUUUUUCAUAUGUUACAAAAAAGAAAAACUGUUUUAGUGUGGGGAAAGUAACCAGGUCUAUUUUGUAUUAGUGUCUUUUUUAUUAUUUAAUAUCUGAUAUUACUGUAGUGUGAUUGUGUAUAGACAUCCAUUUCCCUGUUUUUUUUUUUUUUUUUUUCUGAGUGAAAAUAUUGAGGAAUCUUGCUGCUGAUUGGGUCAUGAAGAGGGAAUGCCCAAAAGCUGUUGCUACGGAGAUCGUCCCAGCAACCACUAACAGUAGCGGGAGAGGUCAGGGGAGGAGAGGAGCUUCCUCUUAUCUUUAUAGAACAGGAGCACAGGUGCUUCAUGUCAAACCUUACUAGCAUGUUCAGCUGCAUCAUGUUCCUUUGGCACUGUAUUUUGAAUGAACAUUAAUUUAUUAAAAAACAUGCAUAAAUAUG